UAUAUGAGGAAUGAACAAUAUAUUCCGUUAUUAGGCACCUCAUGCGUUUUUAGAAUGUCUUCCUUGAAGAACGACGGAAUAAAUGAGUACGAGGAUAAGGUUUCGAAUGAUAUUCCAGAAUCAUAUUCUCUGUCCCGUUAUUUUUGUCCCGGCAAUUUCUCGUCUCGUCCCGUUUGUCCCGGUUCAUUUCGAGAAAAUUAUUCCAAGACGCAGGAGUCUAUUGAGCGACGUCACUCACUGAAAGGUAUAUAGCUCUCUCGACUGAACGAUACGCGUCAGUCAUAAUCGAGCAGUGUGGUCGUCUUCUUGCAAUCUUCAUUGUCUUCUGCAAUCUUCAAUAAAACUAAGUGAUGUCGACUCGGACACGCAACCAAUGCAAGAGUUGUGGUGUGUCUCGGAGCCCUUCGUCUCAGGAGAACGUCGUCUGCUCUGAAUGUAGAGAAAUCUUGGAAGAGGCGAAGAAACUCGCGGAAGCCGACGAAGAAAUAGCGAGCCUACGCCAUGCAGUGGCGAGCCUACGCCAAAAAGUGGAAGAGUCUAAUGCUGAAAUAGCAAGCCUACGAGAACAACUUUCUGCACUGGAGGAACAACUUUCUGCUGCAGUGGAGCAGUUCAAGGGCGAGGACGCGGAGAGCCUGGAGAGGUACCUUGCCGAAAGACGAGCACUACGUGAAGAACUGCGGCGCGAGCAGGCCAGCCGGGCGCAGUUCGAGCGCACGAUGAGGGAAGCACUGGACAAGAUGAAGGAAGCACAGGACGAUGAAGAUUCCGACGAGUGACGUCUAGGAAUCCCAACUCUCCAGGCAUGACAGCGCCGUGAGCGACUCUAUCUGCUGGUUGCGUGUCACGAGAUGGUUGGAGCAAGCGCCAGUGCGACGAGCUGUUGGGUGGUUCAUCAUUGAACCGCUCGUAGAAAGACUCGUAGUACCUACUAUUAUUACUGUUUUUCUAGGCAGAUUGUUCUGGCUUUUUGGCUGGAACUUAACCCAUUAACGCCCAAAUUUUUGAUUUUUUACAUUUCCAUCUAAACACCUUUAUAUGGUGUAAAUAUUUCAUAUAAAACAGUUUCCGCACAAUUUUAGAGAAUAUAAUGAGAGUAGCAGUAGAUUUGGUAAUUUUUUUAUGUUAUUCCUUGAUUACAAUACAAAACAUUUCCUA